AUGUCGCAGAGCAUUUCCACCAGUGCACCAUCGUCUCAAGCAGCAGCUGCUGCUGCUGGAGUGGCUGGCAAAAAAGCCAAAGAGUCUCAGCAGUUCAACUUGAAGACCCCCAAAGGUACUAAAGACUGGGCAGAUAAGGAUAUGAUUAUCAGAGAAGCCAUUUUCAACAAACUCACAUCCCUUUUUAAAUCCCAUGGUGGUGUGACUAUUGAUACUCCUGUCUUUGAGCUCAGAGAAAUUUUGGCUGGUAAGUACGGGGAAGACUCAAAGUUGAUUUACAAUCUGGAGGACCAAGGAGGUGAACUGACGUCUUUGAGGUACGACUUGACUGUCCCCUUUGCCAGAUACGUUGCCAUGAAUGGAAUAUCCAAUAUCAAGAGGUACCACAUUGCCAAAGUUUACAGAAGGGACCAGCCGGCUAUGACGAAGGGAAGAAUGAGAGAGUUCUACCAAUGUGACUUCGACAUUGCGGGAAGCUACGACUCUAUGGUUCCAGAUGCAGAAAUAAUGAAUAUUCUUGUUUCCGGCCUUACUGGACUCGGCAUCAAAGAUUUUAAGAUCAAACUGAACCACAGAAAGAUUUUGGACGGUAUUUUCCAGGUCUGUGGAGUCAAAGAAGAAGACGUGCGUAAAGUCUCUUCUGCCGUGGACAAAUUGGACAAGUCUCCUUGGGAUGCGGUUAAAAAGGAGAUGUGUGAAGAAAAGAACCAGCCUGAGGAUGUUGCUGACAAAAUCGGAGAGUAUGUGAAAAUCAAUGGCACCCUCAGAGACGUUCUGGCCAAAUUAUCCAGCGAUCCAACUUUGAUGGCCAACGAGUCCGCAAAACAGGGUAUUGACGAGAUUACCACCAUGGCAGACUAUGUUGAAGCGUUUGAGGUUGACCAUUACAUCUCUUUCGACAUGUCUCUGGCCCGCGGUUUGGACUACUACACAGGUGUGAUAUACGAGGCCGUGACAUCUCAGAGUGCGCCUCCUAAGGACGCUGCCGAGAAGAAGGCCCGGGUGAAAAAAUCCAAGAAGGAUGACGAGGAUGCUUCAGAGUAUGUUGGCGUCGGGUCUAUCGCUGCUGGUGGCCGUUACGACGGUCUGGUUGGAAUGUUCCUAGGAACAAACUCCAAGGGAAAAAAAGCUCCAUCCAUUCCUUGUGUUGGUGUCUCGUUUGGUGUGGAGAGGCUGUUUUCGCUCAUCAAGCAGAGGGCAGAACUAGCAGACAAGAUUAGAGCAUCCUCGACCCAGGUGUAUGUGAUGGCCUUUGGUGGAGGCGAAGGAUGGAACGGAUUUUUGAAGGAAAGAAUGGCUGUUGCUGCCAAACUCUGGAAGGCAGGAAUUGAGUGUGAAUACUUGUACAAAGCCAAGGCCAAUCCACGUAAGCAGUUCGAGGCUGCUGAGAAGUCGGGAUGUCCACUUGCUGUGAUCCUGGGGAAAGAAGAGUAUCCUCAGGGCCAGGUCAGAGUUAAGGUGCUGGGUACUGGUAACGAGAAAGAUGAUGGAGAGCUGGUGAGCAUCGGCGAUCUGGUUGAGGUGGUGAAACAGAGGCUAGAGGACCAGAAACACGACGGCAUGGACGACGUGACCCGUCUGUUGGCCGGAUUAUAG